CUUCUCUUAAUUUCUCUAGCCUAAAAAAAAAAACAACACAAAAAAAACGAAGGGAAUGGCCACGGGAGAGCCGUGGAUUUGUAGAGCAGGUGCCAAGCCCCAGUGAUCAUCCCGCAGAAAAAAGGUCUUUCCAGGGCCCGAAGAACCCAAUAUUUAAUGAACAGUCCAUGCUUCCGGAGUGAGAAUGGCAGGCUUCCUAGAUAAUUUCCGCUGGCCAGAAUGUGAAUGUAUUGACUGGAGCGAGAGAAGAAACGCAGUAGCUUCUGUGGUAGCAGGCAUACUGUUCUUUACAGGCUGGUGGAUAGCGAUUGAUGCAGCUGUGGUGUAUCCUAAGCCAGAGCAGCUGAAUCAUGCCUUCCACACAUGUGGUGUGUUUUCUACGUUGGCUUUCUUCAUGAUCAAUGCUGUGUCCAACGCUCAGGUGAGAGGCGACAGCUAUGAAAGCGGCUGCCUAGGAAGAACAGGUGCUCGGGUUUGGCUCUUCAUCGGUUUCAUGUUGAUGUUUGGGUCACUGAUCGCUUCCAUGUGGAUUCUUUUUGGUGCAUACGUUACACAAAAUAUUGAUGUCUACCCAGGACUAGCUGUGUUUUUUCAAAAUGCGCUUAUAUUUUUUAGCACCCUGAUCUACAAGUUUGGGAGAACCGAAGAGCUCUGGACCUGAGGUCGCUUCUUGGACUACGCUUUCCCUUUGUUAUGUCCUGCCUGUAGACGACUUUUCCUCUCUCAGUAGAGUUUACACAUUGCCAAAAGAAAUAGAUUGUGCACUAGAUGUUUUUAUUUGUCUCCACUUCUGUGCGCUGAGUUUUGGAAUGGUUUGAGGUCUUUCCCGCCCUGUGUUUCCCCCCUCCCCCGACUGGGUUGUUCACAGGUACAUAACACCAGGCGGGAGGUGGUGGGAGAGGGCUAGCGAAGCGUUCGUUCUUUUCUUCCUAGAGACUGCAAGCUUGAUCUUGUUCCCAGAGCCCAAGUGGCCUUGUCAUGUCAUUUCAGAGUUCACUACUUGGCUUCAGAAUCUGUGCUGUCUGAAGAUGUACAGAAACAAAAAGCCACAGCUCCGUACAUCUGAAAUAAGCACUAAGCCAUUAAAAAGGGUAUUUUAGCAAGUUGUAACAUCUUGGCUUAAAGAUGAGACCUUUUUUUUUUUUUUUUUUAAUAAGGAAAAAUGUUUGUUCUUAUGUAUUAAAGUGGACUUUUAUAUGGAGUUUUUUUUUUUUUUUUUAAUGCCUGAAGGCCUAGUUUGAAAGCCUCUAAAAGAUGAAACAGUUUCUCUCAUAAUACUUCAUUUGAUGAGGGUAACACAUGCUCAGACCCGGUGUUUUAUUUGAAUGAUGUCAAAAGACCAAGGCAGCUCAGCUCUGUGCUUCUUACUGACGGCAGCUUCCAUGGUCUCUCUCCUCGGCUCUCUUCGGUCAGCCUGAAUCCUCCUCUGAUAUUACACAAUUCAAUAGCAAGCGCGUCUGAGACAGCUGCAGUUUAAAAGCAUGAACCACGCAACAAAAAAGUGGACUAAGUAGUUUCAAGAUAAAGCACUUCUUCCCAAAGGGAAGAACUACAACUUAGUGCCAUAAAUAAAUCAAAUUGAGCAACAGGUCCACUCGUUGCCAGCUGCGAGCGUCUCUCCGCUUGAGCUCUCAAGCUUCCGGUGAGCUCUUGUCGCAGCUCCGGCCUUGAGCCCGACAGGACAGUCUAACCCCCUGCCACCUGCCAUGCUUGAAGCACUGCGUGUCUCCCUGUGGGAGAUUCCCAGGGGAUACUUAGAUCUCUACUGCACCUUCUGCUUUCCCGGGGCCCUUUUCUCCUCCACAGGGGGACUCUAGAGCCUUUUAUGUUAAGACAGAAUAUUACCAGUGGCAUUACCUGUGGCUUCUGAUGUAAGCCGUAUUUUGCUUACCUGCUCUCCUCAGCGAGAGCAUUGACCGUGCACAGGGUAUGAAGCACUUGUGGAAAACUGUGCCUUUAUCCAGACACCUUCUCGUGAAUGACUCCAUUCUGUAUUAUUUAUUUUCUUCAAAAUGCCAGCCCUCCCAAACAAACUGUAAGACUCAGUUUCUGUGUCCAUUUUCUUGUAACCUGUUGCAAUAAACAUUACUUUGCACACA